GCGGAUGGGGGCGCCGAAGCAGAAGUGGACGGCGGAGGAGGAGGCGGCGCUCAAGGCCGGGAUCUCCAAGCACGGCACCGGAAAAUGGCGCACCAUACUCAAGGACCCCGAGUUCAGCAGCAUCCUGCGCUACCGCUCCAACGUCGACCUCAAGGACAAGUGGCGGAACAUGAACGUGACCGUGAACGCGUCGGGCUCCCGCGAGAAGGUGAGGGCGACGCCGACGCCCGCCUUCAAGAAGCUGAGGUCCGCGCCCAAGCAGGAGAGCACCUCGGCCUCGGCGGUGGCGAUCGUGCCGGUCGCUUCCGACGGCGACGAUGAAAUGGCGGAAGCGGCGCCUAUCGCGGCGAUCAGCGCGCCGGGCAAAUCCCUCUCCAGCUCUGUGCAUGCCUGCAGGCUGGAGAAUAUCAUACUGGAGGCCGUCAAGACCUUGAAUGAGCCCACGGGGUCGUACAAGACAGCCAUCGCUAACUACAUUGAGGAACAAUACUGGCCACCUGCCGAUUUUGAUCAUGUACUGUCUGCAAAACUGAAUGAGUUGACAUCAUCUGGGAAAUUGAUAAAGGUGAAUCGGAAGUACAGGCUUGCCCCUAGCUCAUCUUUAUUAGAAGGGCGAAGCUCCAAAAUGCUGCUUCUUGAAGAUAUACAAAGGGAGCCAGUCAAGGUAGAGAGGGUAGAGAGGGAUGAGUUUGCAGCCCGCACUAAAUCUCAAGUGGAUGCUGAACUUGCACGGAUGAGAAACAUGACUGCAGAAGAGGCUGCAGCUGCAGCGGCUCGUGCAGUUGCAGAGGCAGAAGCUAUCAUGGCUGAAGCUGAAGCCGCAGUAAGAGAAGCGGAGGCUGCAGAAGCUGAUGCUGUAGCUGCACAAGCCUUUGCUGAAGCAGCGAUGUCGACAUUGAAAAGCCGAAGUUCGACAAAAUUGAUCAUUCGAGGUAGAGACAUCUCAUGAGGCUGUUGUGGGGUCGGCUUUCCUCUGACCUUGUCGUAUGUACAUGCCUACCGAAUCCCAUCUGGUGGUUGCUUCGGGUGUUGCGAGGGUCAUCUGUUAUUUGAAUUCAUGCAAGCCAAUCUUGGAACCAAGUGGCGCAAACUUGGCCUGACGCCUGUCAUUUUCUGAGUGUCAGACAGUCUAUUGCAUCUUCAAGCUUGUUUCCUUUACCCCAUCAUGUCUGUUUGAUGAGACACUGCGGAAGACCAACUGAUGUUUGACUUGCACAUGUCAGCGCCGUAAAUGAGAUGUACACAGGAUGUGGGAUGAUCGGGAGAACACCAAUCAGUAGACCAUGACCAUUCCACCUCGCUGGACCCUUAUUGCUGUUACUGUGUAGGUCACUGACAUGUUGGGAUUUUCUUCAUUUUACUCCUCCCUUUGUGGCAAUCUUCCAAGCAAACAGUGCCUUUCUGUUUGCCAGUGUAUUGGUCUGUUCUGCACCAGCUCAAGGUAUUUGGUAUCCAAUAAUUGCUGUGUAGAUUCAUUCAUGUAUUCACUCUGUAGUCUUAAUAACAUUUUUUAUUCAGUGAUGUCGCCAUAACACAUGUCUUUGCGCCCAAUUUUGUUAGCAGCAUAAUGGUUAGGCUAACAUUGCCCUUUUUUCUGCAUUGGUUUGUAACGUAAAAACAGUUGGACAUUUGUCGAUCUAAUGUCUUGUGAACCUUUGUUUUGCUGCAAUUUAUAUGCGCCUUGGCUCAACCCA